AUGGCGGGGGGCGGCGGAGGGGCCGCGCGCGCGCUGGCGCGCGUGGGGCAGGGGGCGCGCGCCGUGGGGCAGGGGCGAACGCCGAGCCCCGAGGAGGUGCUGGGGCUGCUGGAGGCGUCGGUGCUGCACCGGGAAGGAGCCCUGCUGGCGCUGAACAAGCCGCCCGGCCUGCCUGUGCUGGGGCACCCCGGGGAGCUGAGCCUGGCCGCGCUGCUGCCGGCGCUGCGCCGCCGCCUGGGCCUCCCCGCUGAGCUGCACGUGGUGAAGGCGCCCCCCAGGGACAGCUCCGGCCUCGUCCUCCUGUCCGGCUGCCGCCGCGCCACGGAGCAGCUGCAGCGCUUCUUCAGCGACGAGCGGCGCCGGGGCCGCUUCCCGGCCACGUACUGCGCUGUCACCGUGGGGGUCCCGGCGGAGGCGGAGGGCGAGAUCCGCGUGGGGCUGUGCCGGCGGCAGCACGGGGCCGGGGCUGUGGUGGUGCCGGUGCCGUGCCCGGGGCGCCGCAGCGUGUCCCGCGGGGAGGUGAGGAGCACCCUGACGCGCUACCGGCUGCUGGGGGCGGCGGGGGGCUGCGCCCUGCUCCAGCUGCAGCCCCGGACGGCCUUCCCCGGGCAGCUGCGGGUGCACCUGGCCCUGCUGCUGUGCCCGGCGCUGGGCGACCACGAGCACGGAGCCCGCGUGGGCAGGGUGCUGGGGGAGCCCUUCCUGCUGCCCCCCCCGGACGCCCCCGCGCCCCGCACGCAGGUGCUGGACGCGGAGCUGCUGCGCCGCCUGCGGCUGCCCCCCCGCUGCCCCCCCCGCCUGCCCCUGCACCUCCACCUGCAGGGGCUGGCCCUGCCCCGCGCCCCGCUGCGCUCCCCCCCGCCCCCCCACUUCCUGCGCACCCUGCGGCUGCUGGGGCUGCCCCCCCCCGCCUAG